AUGAUCCCUUCUAAUUUCGCCCCGAGUCUCUCGCGGCGCGACACGGUCAAGUCCAAUGGAAAAUUCGAAGGAGCACAUGGCAUUCCACCUCCAGUCAUCACCGGCGCGGGCCUUCUCGGGCCGCAGAGUGCAGGCGCAAUCUAUCAACAUAUUCAUGAGAUGGCCGCGAAACGGAUAUCGACUCUCGACUAUUUGAGAAAGGCCCACGAAGGACGACUCUAUUGGUUCAAUACCGUGCAUUUCUCCCGGGCUGAUAUCACGCGCCUACCGUAUUUCGAAGCUCGGAAGCUCUCUCGCCGCGCAAUCAACUAUUUACUUCUAGGAUUAUCAUUGCCAACAAUACUCGAUGUCAAUUCCAGCCCAUACGAGUACCUACGCGCCCUCAAUGCAUUGCUACUCGAAUUCGAGGCUUACCAGGCCGUGCAUCCCCCGGAUGGAAGCUCCUCCUCGAGUCUCACCAGAGGCCGUAUACCCCAAAUGUUCAAGCGCGCCGCGCAUGCAGGUACCAAGACCCGACGCGCCAGCUCCGCAAACGAGAUCGGACUGCCAAUGCAGUCCAGCGACCCAUCAGACCUGAAAGGCGCCGCGGGCAAUCUUGGGUCGGCUUCUUCUGCGGCGGCCUCGGUCACUUCCUUCCCACUUACGGAGUCUGCGGAUUUGCUUCCUGGCGAGGAAUAUACCUAUCUUCUCACGCCGUCGUUGCCGUUCGAGCCGGACUUUUUUGAGACCUUUGCGACACUGUGCGAUGUCUUGAUUGACACUUAUAGCCGGCUCAUGACUCUCGUGGCAUCCCCAACUGUCUGCACGGUAGCUUUGGGCGAGAUUUUUUCCAAAGCGGAUGCCAAGUUGCGGAAGAUCAUGGUGGCCGGUGCAGUGCGUGAGCUUGAAGAUGCGAGCCGAAAUACGGUCAAGAGUGAGAUUGCUGGGGUCAGUCGGGUGGUACUCGGAGGUUUAGUAGGAUAG